UUGACUUUAAUUCAUAAUACAUUUGUUUUUUGAUUGAUCGUAGUAAUAGUUUAUAUAAUUGAUCUUGGCUUGAAGAGUUAUUUGCCAUUUAAAACUGUUAUUUAUUCUAAGGCGUCGAAACAUCUUUCAAAUUUGGAAAGCUUCGGAAGAUCUGGCUGCAUUAACCCAAUGGCCCUUAACUGCCGGUUCUUUACGGCAUACCGGAUAGCAAGAGAUCUUCGCUUUUCCUUGGCUCAGAUAGCCCCACGCAGAUUCUACUCCCUGCUGCCAUCUGCGUAUCACUUGGACGAUGUUUGGCGAACGCGCUUGGAUACUCCGUUAAUGCAGCAGCUCCGAGCAGAGGAAUUUUACGUCGAACUGCGAAAACGCUUUGAGAUUACCAAAGACGCCAGUCCACUCGAUGUGGAAAUUUUCGCCAAUAAAGCAUCGCGAAAUGAAGAAGCAAAGCAUUUGGUGGAGAUCUUGGAAUUCUUCCGCACGUCGAAUGUGACAAGUGUGUUUCGCGAAGGAAUGCACCAUGCCUUUGUCAGGCUGUUUUUGGAAUUGGGAAAUUUGGAUGAACUACUAAAGAUUUUAGCGAAUAAGCCCAAGUAUGGAUUAUUUUUGGACCAUUUCGCUGCCAGUCUCCUGAUGGAUAAGUUCUUACAGUUAAAAAGACCGCAAGAUGCGGUGAGGAUAGCUAUUGACCAAAUGCUUCAGGAGGACUUCCAGUCGCCGGUGACACGCGAUUUGGCCCUGCAUUGUUGUAUAUCGUUCCUUACAAGUGGCAGUCCCGAUUGGAAUCUACUUGCAUCGCUAGUUGAGCCGGUUGUUGUUCCGGACACUGGAGAAGAAAUUAUCGUCUACGUUAGGAAUAUCAAGAAUCCAUUCUUUGACGAUCAUUUUGAUACAGCCGACCCAAAGCAUUUGUUUGGGAAAACUUUAUACAUGGCAGGCCGUGCACAUAACGAUCUUCUUGGACGAAGCUGUCAACUCAUCGGUCUAGGUCUGUAUGAGAAAUGGGAUAAGUCUGCGAAGCUUCUACAGAUGUGCUUAGAGAAAGGACAGGAAGGGACACUCCUAAAAGAAUCGCUUGAGAUAUUUAUGGAUAUCCUGAAAAACACAGAAAAGACACCUGAAGGAUUUCCUGUGAAGCCGUCGCCCUUUGAAACCCAACCAAUUAUUCCGGUAGUGGGUGGUAUUACUCCACCGGCCCCGGUUGAUCUUAACGCUCUUCUCAGAAAAGCGGAAGAAAUAGGGCGUAGUAUGAGCGCGAACAAAUCUCUUGUUGAUGGAUCGCUUCCGCAGUUAGCCGAAAAACAGGUAAAAGAGACCAUUGAAAGAAACUGGCAGCACGAUGCAGAGAAACAGUCGGCAUUAUAUGCCUCCUGGACAUCGAGUCGUGAGACCGAAGUGGAUCGGCUGAUGCGUAAAUUUCAGAUCGAAGAACGACUGAAAGAACUCCAGACGCAGAGAAAUGCUCUAACAGCCGAAGAAGAAGUUUUGUUCUUUUUCGAGCGGAAGAACGAAUGGGAAAAGCUACUAACGCCUACUGCACGGCAGAAUAUGCUGGAUGCGGAAGCAGCUGAUGGAUCUUCAUAUGACUAUCGCAUUGAAGAUCCACAAUAUGCCGUUCAACAGAUCCCUGAACCGAGCACCUACAGGUUCGUCCGUUGGUGGAAGAGAGACCAAGCAGCAUAUGAUGCAAAGCAAAAGGAAUUAGAUUAUCAUCGCUAGUAAACUCAUCUGAUUGCUAUUUUGUUCGACUGGAUUUUGGUGUACUAAAGUAAUUAAAGUGUUACAGAUAUGACAUUCAGAGGAAGC